GUGUGUGUGUGUGUGAGAGUGAGAGAGAAGAAGAACCUUAAUCCCGGCCCUCUCCCGCACACGCCCAAGAGCCUUGCCACUACCCCCCAUUCUUUCUCUCUCUGUAUCGCCCGCACGCCUUUAUUGUGACGCAUAGGGUCCCACCUACUCUCCCUUUCACGCCUCUUCGCACGGCUCCGCCCCUUCUCCCCCGUCGAGCUCGCAGCUGCUUCCUGCUGGGCAUGCGCAGGAGACCUUGUGCUUCCGUUCCGGCCCCUCCCCCCUCCAUUCCUUUCUCUUUCUCGUGUGCCAGAGAGCGGCGGCGCGAGCGCGGUUCCCUUGGUGGAGAAAGACUCGAACGGGAGCCUCUGUGGGAGGCCCCGGCGUCAGGCCCGCGUCGAAAGCUGAGGAGGUGACGCUGGCUAUCACUACUUAACAGUAGCGGCAGCGAGUAGAGCCCGUCGGUCCGUUUGUUAGGUCGGCAGCGAGCCGAGGCGGUAAGAUGAGUAUCGAGAUCCCGCCGGGUCUGACGGAACUGCUGCAGGGUUACACGGUGGAGGUGUUGCGGCACCGGCCGCCGGACCUGCUAGCCUUCGCCGCCGAGUACUUCAACCGUCUGAGGGAUACCCGAGACCGGCAGGAGCGAGAGGCGGAGGAGGCGGCUGGGCUGGGGGCCAGGGGCAAAGGGGUCAACUUCGACGGGGAGCCCAUGCAGACCGAGUCCAACGGCGAGGAAGAGCGAAGGGACGCCGACGAGGACUCGGAUUCCGACUUUGAGCCUCCUGUUAUCAACAGAUUCAACAGAAGAGUAUCAGUCUGUGCAGAAGCAUUCAACCCAGAUGAAGAAGAGGAAGACACAGAACCAAGGGUUGUAAAUCCCAAAACAGAUGAGCAGCGAUGCAGAUUGCAGGAAGCAUGUAAAGAUAUCCUCAUCUUCAAAAAUCUAGAUCAGGAGCAACUGUCACAGGUCCUUGACGCCAUGUUUGAAAGGAGAGUGCAGCCUCAGGAACAUGUAAUUGACCAAGAAGAUGAUGGCGACAACUUCUAUGUAAUUGAACGGGGAUUGUAUGAUAUUUUUGUAUCACGAGAUGGCCAAACUCGCUGUGUUGGACGCUACGAUAAUCAUGGCAGUUUUGGGGAACUGGCCUUGAUGUACAACACUCCUAGAGCUGCAACAAUUGUUGCCACAACAGAAGGAGCCCUUUGGGGAUUGGAUCGAGUGACAUUCAGAAGAAUUAUCCUGAAAAACAAUGCAAAGAAAAGGAAGACAUAUGAACUAUUUGUUGAGUCAGUGCCCCUUCUUAAGUCACUGGAGCUUUCAGAACGAAUGAAAAUUGUUGACGUAAUAGGGGAGAAAACAUUUCAAGAUGGGGAACGUAUCAUUUGUCAGGGUGAUAAGGCAGACAGCUUUUACAUUGUAGAAUCUGGUGAAGUAAAAAUCUUGAUUAAAAGCAAGACCGUCACAGGCAAAGAUGCAAACCAGGAGGUGGAGAUUGCUCGAUGUCAGAAAGGACAGUAUUUUGGAGAACUUGCACUUGUUACCAACAAACCCAGAGCAGCCUCUGCCUAUGCAGUUGGGGAGGUUAAAUGUUUAGUUAUGGAUGUGCAAGCAUUUGAGAGGUUACUUGGGCCCUGCAUGGACAUUAUGAAGAGGAAUAUAACCCAUUACGAGGAGCAGCUGGUGGCGUUGUUUGGUUCUAGCAUGGACCUGACACAUCCAGGCAAUUAGGCACAGAGUACUUUAGUGCCUUCUCAGUUCAAGACACAGAAAAGUCUCCUAUUAGCAACAACGCAGCACCACACAAAUGAAAAAAGGACACUACGGGACAGUGGCUGUUGGUGUCUUCUUGGGCAUUUAUUUUUAGAAACCUACAUAGCUCUCAGCACAGCUGGACGGGUCAAGGUUUGUUCCAGCCCUCCACUUUGCUGCUGAAAUUUCAUUAUUAGACCUAGCUUACUGCUGAGUCUCUUAAUCCUCCUUUCACUUUUGCUUGAUUCAGAAUGGCAUGUCUCUCCAACAAUUCAAGUGCCUGAUACAAAAGAUGUGGAGCCCUCUAUCUGUUCUUGUUUAAAAAAAAGAGAGAGAAAAACUUUGUAAUCUGUGAUUUGGAAUAGCAGGUGGUCUUUGUUCUCCCAGGGACAGCCACCUCCUUACGAUAUCUUCCUUUUGACACCCCACUCCCCAACAAAAUCUGCUUUUAAUACUGAUGAUGUACUUGGAUUUGAAAUAGUUGGUAAUGUCAAGGGCAUGGGAAGAUUUUUCAGCUAGCGAGUUUGCUAGUUCUGAGCUUUUCCUGCCAUCUGCUGGACAUGGCAAGCACUGCAACUCUUAAAGCUUCAGGGUCCAAAGGAGUCCCUACUUGGUCAGUAAUGAGUAAUAAAGUAAAAUACAGAAUUGUGAGUAGUAUCAAACAGUAAACAGAAUUUUUAAAAUAUAUUUUUAGGCUGCAGCGAAUUUGAAUAAUAGGUCAUAGGAUCCAGUGGCCACAAGUGUUGCAACAGUAUUGUCCUCUGAAAGUUUAGCUGUUUCUUAAAUUAGACUGAUUUGUGGUCUGAUGGGAAAUAGUAGUACAAACACAAAUUCCUGUUUGUGGGGACUCUUUAUAGUCCUCAGUUUUGCAUGGCACUGCCCUGGGCAGAUUCAGUUUUAAUGCUCUUUUUUAAAAAAAGGAGGGUUGAUUUUUUUUGUAACUUAUGAAUAUUUAUGUACUAAAGGGGGCUCCCUUCAAUUGUAAUAUUUUACAACGUUCUUUAACAUAAUUAGGUAUACACUUUACAAUUGCCAAGCCUAUUUGCUAAAUAUUUUUGAAACUUAUUUCAAAUGUGAAUGAUUUUUUUUUUUAAAAAAAACCAACCUAAAAUGAAAAAAAAUCUCACUCCCUGGGCAAUUGUAGCUGGAGGGAUGUUUUUGAGCUCAGAUUCAGUUAAUGAAAUUUCUCUAAAAUAGCUGCUAAGCCAACAGCAUUUUUAAAAAAGGUGUCUGUUUCUGUAUUGGUACUUAUUAAAAGUAAUGAGCGACAUCCAGUGAUACCCACCCACUUGUGCAAUGGAAAUCUGCUUGCACAAUGGGACUUGGAAUUUCUUUUUCUCUCCUCUCCAGACCCCUGUACAUCCCUGAACAUCUCCUCCAACAGUUUCCCCAAUCCCCUGGAACAGAUUUUGGGGGGCAUGGGGGGCUGCUGGGGAGAAGAAGGAGAAGCCCAUUGCUUGAGGGGAUGCCUGCUCUCACUAUAUUGGACCUCACCCUAUCUGGAUUAAAUUUUAUCCAAGUAUUAUGUCUACAAGAAUUGGAUUUUGAAAUGAAUCUCUUUAUAGCAUUAAAAGAAUUCUUAAAUGAAAAGUUUAUUGAAACCACAAGUAGUCAUUUCACUUUGACUGUUUCAUUAUCAGUGUUUCUUAGCAUGUUAUAAACAUGACUAUUUUUGGAGAGAGAUUUUGUGGGUUUUUGAUUAAUAGAAUAAAACAUUUUACUCAUUCUGGCCCAGCCAUCUAAACCUGAAAUAAUUCCAUCAUUCUGAAUUCAUCCUUCUUGGCAAUGCCACAGGUCCAACACAAGUUAGCUCCUAACUAGUAGCCAUUUUCCAACUUUCCCCCAAUUUUCUGUUCCUACAUUAGUAAUUUAAAACUUAAUCUUUACCAUGUUGUUGAAUCAAGGAAUGAUACUGUACUAGCUUGAAGACAAAAGGACUUAAUUUUUUUUUCUUUUUGCAAUGAAGACCACCAGAGAAGAUGUCCAAGCUCUGGUGAUUGUAUCCUAUGUUUUAUCCCCAACAUCUCAAUUUCAGCGUGUGCGUUCUCUGCUUAUAGGAGACAGGUUUGCUACAGUCCCCAAAGCCCAGAAGAAAAUAAGCUUAAUUCAACUUAAGAUUUUACACCAAAGAUAUUGUUUAUCAUUGUAAGAUUCUCAUUGUGUAAAACCUCUUCUAGGUUGUGGAUCUAAUUAAGGGGUUUGGUUGAAAAGAGUCAAUGUGGAGUCUUUGUGGGUUGAGCAGAUAGGCAUUCAAGGCAUUCUGGAAUUUUCUUUAAGAUUUCAUCAAAUUUCAGUGGAGCCAAACAAAUUCAUUCUAGAUCCACAAUUUCCAGCCAGGGCUUUCCCUUCAUUUGUACACCCUGUGCUGACAGAGCUUGGAAAAGUUACUUUUUUGAACUACAAAAUGGGAUGGGAGUUGUAGUUCAAAAAAGUAACUUUUCCAAGCUCUGGCUGAGCACUUGUUCAUUGCAACAGUGGAGGCUUUUGUGCCUGUCCCAUAUAACAUUGCUUUAUAGUUCUUACAGGUUAUUCAACAUGGCUUCUUCUCCACGUGUCCAAACUCAAGAAACACUUGUUGGGGUUCUGUUUGUUGGAGCAUUGAAGAGGAUUCUGCAUUAGAAAGAAAGAUGAUGACAGGGAAGGGAGAUGGAUUUACAGGAAGCUGUGUGGGGAGUGGAGUGGGUGGGGGCCAUAUUAGCUGCAUUGUACCUGCUGAAAAUAGUUUUCUGAAAGCAGGCAAGUUGAAGGCCUCAAUUGCACGAUCCCCAAAUUAGUCUUGUCCAUCUGUGCAAAAUUGUUUUAUCUCUGUGUGUUUAUGGAUGGCAGGCUGGUUAUAUGAAUCACUUGAUCAAGAUCCGUAACUUGCUGGCGUUCCUGUGAUAAGUUGUGUGAGAAUUCCGCCUUUGAAUUGAGAAUUCAAUCAGGACAGACUUCUUUUCUCUGCUGGAUUUAAAUUCAAGUCCAGUUUGUAGCCAUGUGGAUUGCUCCUCGCACUGAAGACAUCAAUAUUAUUUUAAAAUGAGCCAUUUGAAAUUUGUCUGAGUGGUAAUGAUUUGGAUAUUGUAAAAUGAUUUGUUGUGAAAUAUUUAGAGUGGAAGAUAAUCGGAGCAAUCAUGUCGACAUCUACUAUUUCCCCUUUGCACCUCCAUCCCCAAUCCACCUGGAGUUUUGCAAUAUUGACUGGUUCAGUUCCAACUUUGGAUCACUGCGUUACUUUAGCUACAUUAACUUUGUGACAUUUGAACAUAUCUUAAGGACGUUGUUUCUACUUCUUGGAUUGCUCUUUAUUAAGGAGAAAAGAAAUUGCCACUAGUUUGCAAAUACAAUAAUUGGUGAUGUCUAGCUUUAAUAAGAGAACUCGGCAGUAAAGUGCUAAAGAGCGAUAUCUCUUAGGACUUGUCUUUUUUUAAAAAAACUUUCUGCUGGUCAUUUUUGAGGUUGCUAGGAGGAGCUUGCAGUGUCCUAAUAUUUCUGUUAAUGUCACAGCACAAAUUUCACAAGAUAUAUUUAUAAAACAUACCUGGGAGAUAUACAUAUAUAUGAAAAAUCAGCUAGGAAGUGCAGUUGCAGAGGGGGGGAAAGGACAACCCCUUUAAAUGUCAUUUUCUUUACAGUUGUUCUUGACAUGUAUUUGUAUACUAGUCUUGCCAAAAAUACAACUUUUCUGCUCCCCCCCCCCCAGUUAUUUUUUGUUGUGAGUACUGCUGGUGAACUCAAUGUGCUCCAGUUGCUCCAACCAUGUUUCAUUUGAAGAGGCCUUCUCUGUGUGGUUUCUCCCUGUUCAGGCUAUAGGGCUGUGCUGCACCUUGAUCACCCAAGAGACAGAAAAUGGUCCCUAGUCGCUUAGGCGCAUGACACAAAUUUGCUGAGUCUAGCUAAAGCUUAAACCAUGUGCAAUGAAUGCUUUCCUCCAGUCACAAAGGUAAUCUCAAUUUUGCUUAAAAAUGCUACCUCAAGGCUCCAAGUGCUUUAAAUGUGUCUUGCCUUUGAGAAUUCCACGAAUUGAUUCUGAUAAGUUCUGUUGCAUUAAGUAUGUGGAAUGUUCUCUUGUUUUUUAUCUCUUGGGGAGGGGCCUAUUUUAACUCAUUUUUACAGCUACUGUUUGGUUUUUUUCAACAAGUGUGGGCAGAUUUGCAGAAAGAUCAGUUCUUGCACUGUAGUAUUGCCCAAGGUGGGGACAGAACAUCUGCCAUAUAAGAUACUGGUGUCAAUCUGAUCUGGGGUUUGACUACACUUCCAACUAAUAAAAGCUGACAUGCCAUGUCCAGCCUUCCUGA